UUUUUUUUUUGGUAAUGCAGUAAAGAUGCCCGGAUCGCUGAGCAAUGAAGACGAGGGGCAAGACGAUUUGGAUUUUGAAGACGACAUAGCAGAUGAGGAUGAAGAGGACGAGCGUGACAGUAUGCCGCUCUCACCUUUGGAGCGCUUCUUCUCCGACGAUGACUCAGUCAAACAGAAGAAGAAGAAGCCCGGCAAGCUGAAGGAAGGCAAGAUGCCGAAAGUAAAGAAGAAGAAGAAAGAGGCCAGCGUUGGUGAGCGUGAGGACAUGUCGGACAGGGACGAUCGUGGACACCGGUCAGAGAGCGAGAGCAGCAGUUACGGCACACUGAAGAAGAAAAAGAAGAAGCCCAAAGAGAAGAAGGAGAAGAAAGCCAAGUGGAGAAAAAAAGAUGACGAUGAUGACGACGACGAUGAUGAUGAUGGAAAUAUGAAGGAGCCCAAGUCUUCGAGCCAGCUGAUGGAGGAAUGGGGUCUGGAGGACGUGCAGUACGCCUUCUCUGAGGACGACUACAAAACCAUCACCAACUACAAGGCUUUCAGCCAGUUUCUCAGGCCCCUCAUUGCCAAGAAGAACCCUAAAAUCCCAAUGUCCAAGAUGAUGACAGUGUUAGGAGCCAAAUGGAGGGAGUUCAGCGCCAACAACCCGUUCAAAGGCUCCUCCGCCACGGCCGUGGCUGCCGCUGUGGCCGCUGCAGUGGAAACGGUCAACGUGGCCCCUCCCAUCUCUCUUAGCAGUAUUCAGCAACUUUCUCCAACGGGGCCAAUCAAAAAAGCCAAAACCAAAGAGGGGAAGGGGCCUGGUGCUAAGAAGAAGAGUAAACCGGUGAAGGACACGAAAAAGAAAGUGAAAGCCAAGAAGCCCAAAUCAAAGGCAGGCCAGAGCGGCAAGAGGAAAAAAGCCUCCUCGAGCGAGGAGGAUUUCUUAGACGACUUCUCAGACUUUGAUGAUGUCAGCAUCCACAGUGCCUCUGUUCGUUCCGACGCCUCGGGGGCACCCAAGAAAAAAGCCCGCCGAGGACGCAAAAAGAGGAAAAGAGAGGAUGGAGACGGAUACGAGACGGAUCAUCAGGAUUACUGUGAGGUGUGUCAGCAGGGGGGCGAGAUUAUUCUGUGUGACACUUGCCCCAGAGCCUAUCACCUGGUGUGUCUCGACCCGGAGCUGGAGAAAGCCCCGGAGGGGAAGUGGAGCUGCCCCCACUGCGAGAAGGAGGGCAUUCAGUGGGAGGCCAAAGAUGAUGAGGAAGAGGAGGAGGAUGCUGCAGGUGAGGAAGAAGAUGACCACAUGGAGUUCUGUCGAGUGUGUAAGGAUGGUGGGGAGCUGCUGUGCUGUGAUACGUGUCCCUCCUCCUAUCACAUCCACUGCCUCAACCCGCCGUUGCCCGAGAUACCCAACGGAGAGUGGCUGUGUCCGCGGUGUAUGUGCCCCCCUCUUAAAGGCAAAGUUCAGAGGAUUCUGCACUGGAUGUGGGGGGAUCCUCCGUUACCCCCCGAAGUUCCUCCGGCCCGGGACGGAGAGAAGCCAGAACUUGUGGCCAAACCCCCGCUAAAGGGCCGACCGGAGAGGCUGCUGUUUGUUAAGUGGUCUGGACUGUCCUACUGGCACUGUUCUUGGGUCAGCGAGUUACAGCUGGAGCUGUACCACACGGUCAUGUACCGGAACUACCAGAGGAAGAACGACAUGGAUGAACCCCCACCAUACGAUUACGGCUCUGGGGAGGAGGAACUCAACAACGAGAAGAGGAAAAGUAAAGACCCGCAGUACGCCGCCAUGGAGGAGCGAUUCUACCGCUACGGCAUCAAACCUGAGUGGAUGAUCAUCCAUAGGAUCCUCAACCACAGUUUCGAUAAGGAUGGAGACGUUCAUUACUUGAUCAAAUGGAGAGACCUGCCGUAUGACCAGUGCACCUGGGAGGUGGACGAAUUUGACGUCCCAGACUAUGAGAGCUUUAAACAGGCCUAUUGGGACCACAGAGAGCAGAUGCUUGGCGAGGACCAGCGCCCCCUAGUGGUGAGGAAAGGGAAGAGACUCAAAGAGGAAGUGAAGAGGAAAGAGGCUCCUCCUGAAACUCCAGUUGUCGAUCCCACUAUCAAGUUUGACCAGCAGCCAUGGUACAUCAAUGCCACGGGGGGAACGCUGCACCCGUACCAGCUGGAGGGCCUGAAUUGGCUGCGUUUCUCUUGGGCUCAGGGCACCGACACCAUCCUGGCUGAUGAGAUGGGCCUGGGCAAGACCGUCCAGACUAUAGUGUUCCUCUACUCACUCUACAAAGAGGGUCAUUCUAAGGGGCCUUUUCUGGUCAGUGCCCCUCUGUCCACCAUUAUCAACUGGGAGAGAGAGUUUGAGAUGUGGGCACCGGAUUUCUAUGUGGUGACGUACACAGGGGACAAAGACAGCCGGGCAGUUAUACGGGAGAACGAGUUCACCUUUGAGGACAGUGCCGUCAAAUCUGGACGCAAGGUUUUCCGUAUGAAGAAAGACACUCCUGUGAAGUUCCAUGUGCUGCUAACCUCAUAUGAGCUGAUCACCAUUGACCAGGCCAUUCUGGGCUCCAUUAGCUGGGCCUGUCUAGUAGUGGAUGAAGCCCACAGACUGAAGAACAACCAGUCUAAGUUUUUCAGAAUCCUGAAUGGCUAUAAGAUCUAUUACAAACUGCUCCUCACUGGAACUCCGUUGCAGAACAAUCUAGAAGAGUUAUUCCACCUACUUAACUUCCUCACCCCAGAGCGCUUCAAUAAUCUGGAGGGCUUUCUGGAGGAGUUUGCGGACAUCUCUAAGGAAGACCAGAUAAAGAAGCUGCACGACCUGCUGGGGCCGCACAUGCUCAGGAGGCUGAAGGCGGACGUCUUCAAAAACAUGCCGGCAAAGACGGAGCUCAUUGUCCGAGUGGAGCUCAGCCCCAUGCAGAAGAAGUACUAUAAGUUCAUUCUGACGCGGAACUUUGAGGCGCUGAACUCUAAAGGAGGUGGAAACCAGGUUUCUCUGCUCAACAUCAUGAUGGACCUGAAGAAAUGCUGCAAUCACCCCUACCUGUUCCCUGUGGCUGCUGUGGAGGCGCCGGUGUUACCCAAUGGCUCUUAUGAUGGCAACCUACUGGUGAAGUCCUCAGGCAAACUCACUCUGCUUCAGAAGAUGCUGAAGAAGCUCAAAGACGGAGGGCAUCGGGUCCUUAUUUUCUCGCAGAUGACUAAGAUGCUGGACCUGUUAGAGGACUUUCUGGAGUUUGAAGGCUAUAAAUACGAGCGUAUUGAUGGGGGCAUCACAGGGGGACUGCGGCAGGAGGCCAUUGAUCGCUUUAACGCUCCGGGGGCGCAGCAGUUCUGUUUCUUGCUGUCCACACGUGCCGGGGGAUUGGGGAUCAAUCUGGCAACCGCUGAUACAGUUAUCAUUUAUGACUCUGACUGGAACCCGCACAACGAUAUCCAGGCGUUCAGCCGAGCACAUCGCAUUGGGCAGAACAAGAAAGUGAUGAUCUAUCGCUUCGUAACACGAGCGUCCGUGGAGGAGCGCAUCACUCAGGUGGCCAAACGCAAGAUGAUGCUGACCCACCUGGUAGUGCGACCAGGUUUAGGGUCCAAAACGGGCUCCAUGUCCAAACAGGAGCUGGAUGACAUCCUCAAGUUUGGCACUGAGGAGCUCUUCAAAGAUGAUGUGGAAGCUAUAGGGGACAGUAAGGACGGAGAGGAGGGCAGUGUGAUCCACUACGAUGAUGAUGCCAUCUCCAAACUGCUGGACCGCAGCCAAGACGCCACAGAGGACACAGAGAUUCAGAACAUGAACGAGUAUCUCAGCUCCUUCAAGGUGGCGCAGUACGUGGUCCGGGAAGAGGACGGAGAGGAGGAGGUUCAGAGGGAGAUUAUUAAGCAGGAGGAGAAUGUGGAUCCAGAUUACUGGGAGAAGCUCCUGCGGCAUCAUUAUGAACAGCAGCAAGAGGACCUGGCCCGCAAUCUGGGCAAAGGCAAACGCAUCCGCAAGCAGGUCAACUACAACGACACCUCUCAGGAGGACCAAGAAUGGCAGGAUGAUCUUUCAGACAAUCAGUCCGAAUACUCUGUGGGGUCCGAGGAUGAGGAUGAAGAUUUCGAGGAGAGGCCUGAAGGAGGGCGCCGGCAGUCCCGCAGGCAGCUGAAGAGUGACCGGGACAAACCACUGCCCCCACUACUGGCUAGGGUAGGGGGAAAUAUAGAGGUGCUGGGUUUUAAUGCACGUCAGAGGAAGGCCUUCCUGAAUGCGAUCAUGCGCUGGGGGAUGCCUCCACAGGACGCAUUUAACUCACACUGGCUGGUCAGGGACCUGAAGGGCAAGAGUGAGAAGGAGUUCAGAGCAUACGUGUCAUUGUUUAUGAGGCACCUGUGUGAGCCGGGAGCAGACGGGGCGGAGACAUUCGCAGACGGUGUACCGAGAGAGGGUCUGUCCCGACAGCACGUCCUCACCAGGAUCGGAGUCAUGUCUCUGGUUCGUAAGAAGGUGCAGGAGUUUGAGCACAUAAAUGGUAAAUACAGUUCUCCGGAGCUGAUUCCUGCAGGCCUGGAGUUGAAGAAAUUGACUGAGAGUUUAUCAUCUGACCCCAACACUCCUGUUCCAGCCAGCCCUGCUCCAACACAGCCCAGCACACCUGUACCCUCAGACAAGCCUGAGGGUGGUCCUGGUCCUCAAGAAGACAAAGAGGCUACUGACCAGGAGAGCACCAAACCUGCAGAUUCUGAGACACCCAAAGAAUCAGAACUGUCCCCUACACCCGAGAAAACCAGUGAGAGCGAAGAAGUGAAGAGAAGCAACCCUGAGGAGAGGAAUAGUGAAGAGAGUGAAAAGAAAGACAACAUGCCCUCUCCAACAGAGCCAUCAGCCAAUCAGACGCAACCUUCGUCCAAACAGAUAGAGCAGUCCACCAGUCAGAACCAGACAACAUCUACAGGUGAGCAAAGUAAAGACAUGGAGAGCGCAGCCGAGAAAUCAGAGAGUGACUCUACUGCAGUGAAAGUGGAGGAUAAAGAACAAAAGCCAGCUGCUCCCCACGAGUUAAAAUCCGAGGAUGCUGCCGAGACUCAACUGAACGGAGAUAAAGAAGCGAGGGAUGAGGCAGACGAGAGCCACAAAGACGACAAAAACGGCACCAAGAUGCGAUUCAUGUUCAACAUCGCAGACGGAGGCUUUACAGAGCUGCACACUCUGUGGCAGAACGAAGAGCGCGUAGCCGUGUCAUCUGGCAAGAUGUACGACAUCUGGCACCGUCGGCACGACUACUGGCUGCUGGCUGGCAUCGUAACCCAUGGCUAUGCACGCUGGCAGGACAUCCAGAACGACCCGCGCUACGCCAUCCUCAACGAGCCCUUUAAGACCGAGAUGAACAAAGGCAACUACCUGGAGAUGAAGAACAAGUUCCUGGCACGGCGUUUCAAACUGUUGGAGCAGGCUCUGGUUAUAGAAGAGCAGUUGCGCAGGGCGGCCUAUCUGAACAUGACCCAGGACGCCAGCCAUCCUGCCAUGGCCCUGAACACACGCUUCGCUGAGGUCGAGUGCCUGGCCGAAUCCCACCAGCACCUCUCCAAAGAGUCCCUGGCUGGCAACAAGCCAGCUAAUGCCGUCCUGCAUAAAGUUUUAAACCAGCUGGAGGAGCUACUGAGUGAUAUGAAGGCAGAUGUAACGCGGCUGCCCUCUAUGCUUUCCCGUAUCCCUCCCGUGUCCGCGCGGCUGCAGAUGUCGGAGAGGAGCAUCCUUAGCCGACUCACGAGCCGGGGCAACGAGCCGCCACAGCAGCCUUUCCCCCAGGGCUCAUUUGGUUGUUCUCAGAUGUACAGUAACAGCUUUGGGGGAGGAUUCAGAGGGCCUGGUGGGACACCCAUGGUCAACUAUAGCCAGAUGCCCCUGGGACCAUAUGUCAGUGUGUCCUCAAACGGCCCCCCACCGCCCAGCAGCCUCCUAGACAAGAAGUCCAGCGACGCUCUGAGGGACCUGUCCCCCCCUGAGCUGAAAUCCGGCAAGCCCACUGAUGUCAUCUGCAUUGAAGAUUAGCCGCCCCCUGCCCUCUGCUAGAUUAACACGGAUAUUAUUCUGGAGCACUUCUAUGAAUCAGUACUAUUCAGAUCCUAUCGAUUGCACUUUUGUCUCGAAGAGUUCUCGCGUGCGUGCCCGUUUAUUCAGCUCCUGCUUUCUUUUUCUUUUAUUUAUUGUUUUUUUUACUUCUGUGAUUAUGAAAAGGUCUAUGGAUGGAGA